AAAGGGUUGGCGCGUCCGUUAGGAUUAAAGGACUGACAACCCGGGAAGAAGCGCGAAAGGGACAUCAGUUCACAAAAAGUGGGCAUAAGCCUUGCUCCCACUGAGUGGCUUAACCUGACAAAUCACUUUAUUUCAGAAGUCAAAUAUUUGCAGGAUUUGAGGACGGUUGGUCUCAUCGCAGCAGCAUCUGCCAUAUCUACCUGCCGUUUCCCAACGCUUCAACUACCGGGCCAGAGCAGACACCAAAAUGUCGAAUCGCGUGGCACUUUUGAUUUGUGUUUUCGCAACGAUCAUAACCGUUUCUAGUGCCUUCCCAUACUUUGGCAAUAGGCUUCCUAACGGCCAGAACGUCCCCCACCCAUGCAAGGAGAACACCAAAUGGCUGGCAUUGGGACACGUCAAGCUGGCAGGCGGACAGCCCAAUAACCAGUUUGGACUGGACUUUAAGGCCGCUAAUUACCAAUGGACCUCUGAACUGUGUAGGAAGGACUCUGAUCAGGAUGGAAAGACGAACGGUGAAGAACUUGGAGACCCUAACUGUGCCUGGCAAGAAAACUCGGUUUCGGCCGUUCUAAGGACCGAAAAUAUUACACAUCCAGGUAUUUGUGAACCGGUGGACUCAGCACAUUGUCGUCGUGUUCAGAAUUUCACUUACGAAUGCCAGGGAGAAUACAACUGCACCGCUACCAAGGAGUCACACGUGAAGACCUUUGACCUCAGGUUUCCAGAAACCUCAGUACCAGCAGUGGAAACGACUUACAUAUGUAAUGUUUUCAAGGUUCCAACUGAUAAAAGGUACCACGCUGUCGCGUUUGAACCCAUUAUUGGCAACAUCAUGGUUCUUCACCACAUGACUGUUUAUGGGUGCUCGAAAAAGCCGCAGAGAAUGGGCCCCCAUCAAUGUAACAUGGUUCGUGAGUGCCAGCAAUUACUAACAGUUUGGUCCACUGGGAUGGAGGGCUACUGCCUUUCAAAGAAUACAGGGGUUCCAUUUGGGAAUGGCUCGUAUGAAUAUCUGGCUGUAGAAAUACACUGGAACAACCCAGAGCUGAGAUCAGACUACACAGACAACUCCGGAAUGCGCAUGUUCUACACUGACCAGCUACGCCCGUUCUCUGAGGGAACAGCGGCAUUUGGUCAGUAUGCGCUGGAGAUCCCCCCAGGAGUGGACAGUUUGACCAUGUCCGGGGUGUGCCAGUCCAAGUGUACCGAGGAGAAGUUUAAUCAGGACAUUAAUGUGACAGCAGUUCUUAUGCACAUGCAUUAUCAAGGUAUAGCAGGGAAACUAGAACAAUGGAGAGAUGGCAAACUACUGAGAGUUGUAGCAGACGAUCCAUUCUAUACCUAUGAAACACCAAAUUUGCACACCUUUGACCCUCCCAUCGUCUUUAAAAAAGGUGAUGAGUUCCGCACAUAUUGUACAUUUACCUCAAAGCGCGGUAAAAAGCAGCGACAUGCCAAUACAACCUAUUUUGGGCUAGGAACACAGGAUGAAAUGUGUUUUGCUCUCAUCAGCUACCAUCCACUGCAGUCCAACAAUCCAGACUGUGUUCAGUUUGACAAUUAUGACAGUUGUGGGGGUCAUGCAUUUGGAAACUGUGACUUGGGAAAGUACUACAGAGUGCUUGACAAUGUGAAGAAAAAUGGAGAGUUUCAGAAGGUCUGUGAUAUACAAGAUGGAAGACACUGCUCAAGGAAGUGCCAUGAAAUUGUUGAACCAGUCAUGAAUGAUCCUUGUAUGCAGGGCAAGUUGAGGAAGAUCAUCCCUUCGUUUGACCCAGUGUUCAAGCCAGCUGAGGUAUUGAGAAGUGUGUCAGCAUGCGAGAAAGGGAUCUACGACCUUGCAGAUCAUGUACAAUACAUCAGUGCUGCUCCCAACCUGCAGUCAAGCUUAAUGGCACCUGCGUUCCUCGUUUUGGCUCGAUUCAUGUGAAUUUAAGAUGACUUUGGUGAUGAUAAUGUGUUGACUCCAGUGUGACAGUGAUUUUUGUUUAUAUGCUUAAGUGACUGGGAUGCUUUAAUUCAUUUUCCCCUUAAAAAAUCCUAAUCUUAAUUUGUUCCAUUUACCAUUAAAAUGCCCCUAAGCAUUUAUUGUAGACACCAUUGCUAUAGGUUACAAUCAAUACAAGACAGAUGUUUGAAAUAAUGUUUCUUAAUCUCAAACUAACAAACUAAAUAUUCAUCAUGUAGUAAAAAAAAUUAAUCUAACAAUUAUUUUAAAAAUGUAGACUCCAUUUCUUUGGCUAGUGUAAGGCAAUCAGUUGUAGCUUUGCUCGAUCAUAGCCUCAGGAAUAUGUAAAAUAAGUAUAAUAAUAUAACCUACCAUC